AUGAGUAACUCCCGGAACAACCGGGUGAUGGUGGAAGGGGUCGGCGCUCGGGUUGUCCGGGGCCCGGACUGGAAAUGGGGGAAGCAGGACGGCGGCGAGGGCCAUGUGGGCACUGUGCGCAGCUUCGAGAGCCCCGAAGAGGUGGUGGUGGUGUGGGACAACGGCACCGCCGCCAACUACCGCUGCUCCGGGGCCUACGACCUCCGCAUCCUGGACAGUGCCCCCACAGGUAUCAAACAUGAUGGAACCAUGUGUGAUACUUGUCGACAACAGCCAAUUAUUGGUAUCCGAUGGAAAUGUGCUGAGUGUACAAAUUAUGACUUGUGCACAGUCUGUUAUCAUGGAGACAAACAUCACUUAAGACAUCGUUUUUACAGAAUUACCACACCAGGAAGUGAAAGGGUACUUUUAGAAUCUCGUCGGAAAUCAAAGAAAAUUACAGCUAGAGGAAUUUUUGCAGGUGCCAGAGUGGUUCGUGGGGUGGAUUGGCAAUGGGAAGAUCAAGAUGGUGGAAAUGGAAGAAGAGGGAAGGUAACUGAAAUUCAGGACUGGAGUGCCUCCAGCCCACACAGCGCAGCAUAUGUUCUAUGGGACAAUGGUGCUAAGAACCUUUACAGAGUGGGCUUUGAAGGCAUGUCUGACUUGAAGUGUGUCCAAGAUGCUAAAGGAGGCUCUUUCUACAGAGACCACUGCCCUGUGCUAGGUGAGCAGAAUGGUAACCGGAAUCCUGGUGGACUACAGAUUGGUGACCUAGUAAACAUAGAUCUUGAUCUAGAGAUUGUACAGUCUUUGCAACAUGGGCAUGGAGGCUGGACUGAUGGCAUGUUUGAGACUUUAACUACAACUGGAACAGUUUGUGGCAUUGAUGAAGAUCAUGACAUUGUAGUACAGUACCCAAGUGGCAAUAGAUGGACCUUCAAUCCAGCUGUUCUCACUAAAGCUAAUGUUGUCCGAAGUGGGGAUGCUGCACAGGGUGCAGAAGGGGGUACUUCACAAUUUCAAGUGGGUGACCUUGUUCAGGUUUGUUAUGAUCUAGAAAGAAUUAAGCUUCUACAAAGAGGUCACGGUGAAUGGGCAGAAGCUAUGCUUCCUACUUUAGGCAAAGUUGGUCGUGUACAGCAGAUUUAUUCAGACAGUGACUUAAAGGUAGAAGUUUGUGGGACAUCUUGGACUUAUAAUCCUGCAGCUGUUUCCAAGGUGGCUUCAGCAGGAUCAGCUAUUAGCAAUGCAUCUGGUGAGAGACUGUCUCAACUCUUGAAGAAACUGUUUGAGACUCAAGAAUCUGGGGACCUUAAUGAAGAAUUAGUUAAAGCUGCUGCUAAUGGAGAUGUUGCCAAAGUAGAAGAUUUGUUAAAGAGACCAGAUGUUGAUGUAAAUGGACAAUGUGCUGGGCACACUGCCAUGCAAGCUGCUAGUCAGAAUGGACAUGUUGACAUUUUAAAACUGCUUUUGAAGCAAAAUGUGGAUGUAGAAGCAGAGGAUAAAGAUGGAGACAGAGCUGUUCACCAUGCAGCUUUUGGAGAUGAAGGUGCUGUCAUAGAAGUGCUACACAGAGGUAGUGCAGAUUUGAAUGCUCGAAACAAACGCAGACAGACUCCACUUCAUAUUGCUGUGAAUAAAGGUCACCUUCAAGUUGUGAAGACUUUAUUGGACUUUGGCUGUCAUCCAAGUCUUCAGGAUUCUGAAGGUGACACACCCCUCCAUGAUGCAAUAAGUAAAAAACGUGAUGAUAUCCUUGCAGUCCUUCUAGAAGCUGGGGCAGAUGUUACAAUUACAAACAACAAUGGGUUUAAUGCUCUACAUCAUGCUGCACUACGAGGAAACCCCAGUGCAAUGCGUGUGUUACUAUCCAAACUGCCAAGACCAUGGAUUGUGGAUGAGAAGAAAGAUGAUGGCUACACUGCCUUGCAUCUAGCUGCACUAAAUAAUCAUGUAGAAGUGGCUGAACUCUUGGUGCAUCAGGGAAAUGCAAAUCUGGAUAUCCAGAAUGUGAACCAGCAAACAGCACUACAUCUUGCUGUUGAACGACAACACACCCAAAUAGUCAGGCUUUUGGUUCGUGCAGGUGCUAAACUGGAUAUUCAGGAUAAAGAUGGAGAUACUCCCUUGCAUGAAGCUCUGAGGCAUCAUACUUUAUCACAGCUCCGCCAACUCCAAGAUAUGCAGGAUGUAGGGAAAGUAGAUACAGCCUGGGAACCAUCCAAAAACACAUUAAUAAUGGGACUUGGUACACAAGGAGCAGAGAAGAAGAGUGCAGCAUCUAUUGCCUGCUUCUUAGCAGCCAAUGGAGCUGAUCUUAGCAUUCGAAAUAAGAAGGGCCAGUCUCCACUUGAUCUGUGUCCUGAUCCUAGCCUCUGCAAAGCAUUAGCCAAGUGUCAUAAAGAAAAAGUCAGUGGUCAAGUGGGUUCACGGAGUCCUUCUAUGAUCAGUAACGAUUCAGAAACUUUAGAGGAAUGUAUGGUAUGUUCAGAUAUGAAGAGAGAUACUCUUUUUGGCCCAUGUGGACAUAUUGCUACAUGUUCUCUGUGUUCUCCACGUGUCAAGAAAUGCCUCAUCUGUAAAGAACAAGUUCAGUCUAGAACAAAGAUUGAAGAAUGUGUGGUGUGCUCUGACAAGAAAGCUGCUGUUCUUUUUCAGCCCUGUGGCCACAUGUGUGCUUGUGAGAACUGUGCUAACCUGAUGAAGAAGUGUGUGCAAUGUCGGGCAGUUGUUGAACGGAGAGUACCUUUCAUAAUGUGUUGUGGAGGCAAAGGUUCAGAAGAUGCCACUGAUGACAUUGCAAGUGGAAACAUUCCAGUUUUACAGAAGGACAAAGACAACACCAAUGUCAAUGCUGAUGUACAGAAAUUACAACAACAAUUACAAGAUAUCAAAGAGCAGACAAUGUGUCCUGUAUGUUUAGAUCGUCUGAAGAAUAUGAUAUUCCUCUGUGGCCAUGGAACAUGUCAACUUUGUGGAGACCGAAUGAGUGAAUGCCCUAUUUGCCGCAAAGCCAUUGAACGAAGGAUCCUUUUGUAUUAAAUAAGAAAUAGCAGUGUGUUUUGUUAGCUAAACAAAAUUUAAAUGCAUUUGACAAGGCAGUUCUAGUGAAAUACUGUAUAAUACCAUAGUAUAUAUAUUGCAUUAUGAUUACUUUGAAUGCACCAAAAACCAAACCACAAAACAGUAUUUGGAUAGUCAUUUUAAAAUUUGGAUCAAAUCCAUGUAAUCCACAGUUAAUUUUUUAAAAGUUUUUAACUCCAGCCUUGCAGAGUAUGGUUGUAAUGGGACAGAUUUACAAAUACAUUUAAUUCCUUAUACUUUACUAUUUCCAUUAAAUUUUCUUUUCAGUUU